GCUUCAGGCGGGGCGGGGCCUGAGUUUUCUGGAAAAAUCUUGGCCUGUGGCAGGAGUUUCCGGAGGUGAGAGUGGCCUCGCGGGUGUUUCCGACAGACCUUGUGGUCGUUUAUAUGCUUAAGGGUUUCUGCCUGGCCCCUCCUUUCAGAUGCCGACUUCUGGAACCAUGAAGCUUCAAAUGUCCAUGCUAGUGGUGACCUGGUUCAGUUUCCUGGGCUUCACAUGGGCUGAGAUCUACACAUCUGUUGGGCAUAUGGCUAGUUUGAUUUCUUUGGAAAGACAACUGCUACAAUCUCUGAAAGAAUAUAUCCUUUUGAAUGAAGCCAGACUUUCUAUGAUGAAAAGCUGGGCUGACAAAAGAGAUGGCUUGGACCUUAUAAUCCCAGAAGACAAGGAAGACUUGGGGAAAUUAGUGGAUGUGUACAAGGUGCUAAAGCAUCUAAAUAAGGAUUGGUCAGUAGUGGAGAGCUUUGUCCUUGAGGAACCAUCCAUUGAGUUUGCUGCUAGGCUCACAUCUAUGCGUAGGUUUUUCCCUACAGAGGAAGAUGAAAUUGGGGCUGCUAAAGCCCUGCUGCUCCUUCAGCGUACAUACAAACUGGAUCUGAAAGCUCUUUCUCAGGGUAUCCUACCAGGAACCAAGUAUCGCGCUCUCAUGAGUGUUAGUGAUUGCUUCAGACUGGGCCAGACCGCCUACAAUAUCAGUGACUUUCAUCACUCAAUGCUUUGGAUGAAACAGGCACUGAGGCAAUUGAAUACAGGGGAGCAAAGCCCUAUCUCUAAGGUCCAGGUCCUGGAUUAUCUCAUUAAUGUCAGCUUCCAGCUUGGGGACCUGUACAGGUCUGUGGACUUCACCCAUCAACUGCUUUCUCUUGACUACUCUCAUGAACAAGCCCAAUUGAAUCUGCCAUACUUUGUAAAAUUAUUGGAGGAAGAAAAAGCAGGAAAGCUUGGAAAUGGGGGAUCAGAGACCAAACAGGAGUCACUGAGCAGUGGUCAGCAGAAACAUCUAAAAGAGCAGGAAGUCUAUGAGAGCCUGUGCCGAGGAGAGGGUGUCAAACUUACACCACAGAAGCAGAAGAGGCUUUUUUGUAGAUACCACCAUGGCAACAAGAUGCCACAGUUGCUCAUUGCCCCAUUCAAAGAAGAGGACGAGUGGGACACCCCACACAUUGUCAGGUACCAUGAUGUCAUGUCAGAUGAGGAAAUCAAGAGGAUCAAAGAGAUUGCGAAACCCAAAUUGAGAAGAUCCAGAAUCUUUGCUAGUGCUUCAGAUUUUGUGGAAUCAGAUGAAAUCAGGGUCAGCCAAAGUGUAUUUCUGGAAGAAGAGGAAGAUCCCGUGAUUGGCCAAGUGAAUCGAAGGAUUCAGAUAAUCACUGGGCUGUCAGAUAAAACAGCAGAAUUGCUCCAGGUUGCUGAUUAUGGUAUUGGAGGAUUCUUUAGACCUCAUUUGGAUUAUUUUUUGGGACCUGGGAUCAAAUCUUUGGAUAUUGACGGCAUAGGGGAUCGUGUGGCCACAUUCUUGAGCUACAUGAGUGAUGUAGAAGCUGGUGGUGCCACAGUUUUCCCAAAACUGGGGGCUGUGUUUUCUCCCAAGAAGGGGACAGCCUUGUUCUGGUAUAAUCUUCUGCGAAGUGGAAAAGGCAACCCCUUAACAAUACAUGCUGCCUGCCCUGUUCUUGCGGGCUGCAAGUGGGCCGGGAAUCGAACUGGUGCUGGAGAGGCUGCGGACAGCUUCACAGCGCUGUGCUCAACCUGCUGCGCCACCGGGGAGGCCCUGAGUAUGUUAUUUCUUUCAAAAAUGGUGGUAAAUUGUAUUUUAAAAAUAGUAUGACUUAAGUAGUGUAUUAGAAUGAGUUUUUUUAUUUAUUUAAAGAUUUAUUUAUUUUAUUUAUACAAGCACUGGGUACAGAAGCACGGGAGGGUGAGAGAAAUCACCAGAGACACAGCAGGGAGAAGAACAGGCAGAUCAAUGAAGUACACUGCUGAGGGGAGCAGCGGGCAUGGCAGGAGAGGUCUGCGUGCCAUGUGGGACCCUUGCCUGCGGCCGGGGAUCGAACCGGCACUGCAGAGGCUGCGGGCAGCUUCGCAGCCCAGCGCUCAACCACUGCGCCACCAGGGAGGCCCAAAGUUAUUUUUGUAUUCAUUAUGAAAGAGUCUUUGUUAAGAAGUCUUUGUUAAGACUCUUUGUUAAGACAUGUACAUGUCACAGAACUUUAGAUGGGAGAGCUAGCAUCAGCUCUGCCACUCUGUUACCAAUACCUCUGAGGUUGAUGCCUAGAUCCUGCAAAACCUGACAGGCUUCCUCAUGCUCAUCUUCUAUCCCUCAGAUCCCCACCCAUAAAAUCCCAGUAAUACCAAAUUUCUUGGGCUUCUAGACACACAGUAGUGUGGUUCCUGUCUUGAUAUCUCUCUUACUCUGUUUCUACUUUCUGGACCCCUAUUAAUUAGGAGCCAUCAUGGUCUAUCCAUCUUACCAAAAUAACUUCUACUUAACUUCUUGUUCUAGCUCUGGGUUCCCCUUUUUCUCUUACCUGAAAUAUUUAACUCUGCUCCCACUGUAACCUGUAGAUACCUGUUCUUGUGUCACUGUCAGAAUAAUGUAUAAUUAUUGUUGCCAUAUCUGUCUUCUUCAUGGCUCAUGAGCACCUGAGAAUGUAUCUUACUCAUGACUGAUUACCAGGUCCAGCACGAGACUGGGUUGAAGGGGUAAUUGAUUUUGGCUGCUGAUUGAACUAACACCAUCGUAACACACUUUUCCCCUGU